AUGAAGGGACAGAAGAGAAGGUACUCGGCCUACGAUGGCAGCGAUCCCAGGGUAGAUGUCGAAAAGCAGCAAUCACGCUAUAGUCGUCACUAUCGCCAAGAUAGCCGCAGUUCGUUCGACUCGGACAGUGGCGAUGACUCGAUCGCUUCUUCAUCUGGCACCGCUUCUACAGCUGCUUCAUAUCGUCCCAUGCUGGGAGGCGCCACACUAAGACGCACUCGAGUUGGCACCGGCUUCUAUCGAGUUCCCAAUCGUAUCAUGAGAUGGCUCUGUCUGGCGUUGUUUGGAGCCCUGGUCCUAUUUGUCAUCACCCUUUUCCGAUUUUCCCUCUCAUCAUCCGCCAAACAAGCCGACCUAGAAAUACCCAAACCGGUUUCGAAGCCCCCUCAGUGGGAGAGCUUCCCCUUUUUGAAGCGAUACCACGGGGGUCUCAAGACUCUGGUGUCUCGCAAAGACGAUGUUCCCGAGUUCCCUAGCAACAAUAUGGAGGAAUUGGCCGCAGCUGCGAGCGCUGACACGAACGGGACUGCCGUCCAAGCCCGGGAUGAAACCGCUUCUCAAUUUUCCAGCUUGGUCUUCAAUCCUUAUCCCGACUAUUACUCAGCGGAAUACAUCGCGAAGUAUGACGAGAAGCACGAAUGCUUUUUGGAUGCCGACAGCACAAUGCGCAUUCCGCUGGUUCAACACUAUCCCGGCGUACCUCGCGGGUUCCCGGAUGCAGCCAUGGGAUCGAAUGAGAUGCUUGGGAUCCAGGACGAUGUUUGCUUCGAUCGCUUUGGUCGCCUCGGCCCAUAUGGCCUGGGCUACAGUGUCCGCAAAGGCGGCACUGGAGCUGGCUUGGAGGGUCAUCGCGAAGGGUCCGAGCGUGUCUGGGAUGAUUUCCCGCCUGUCGACUUUCGCCGGGUAGACUGGGCUACGGCCCAAGACCGCUGUCAAGCCGUCAACAGUCAUCGAUUCCGAAGCCUACCGGACCCGCGUGCCGAGCGUUUCCUCUCUAUGCCGGUUGGGGUGCCAAAGGAGAGCGACAGGAAUACUACGGCGGCGGAUAGCGAGGAACCCCAAAGCGAGAAGACAGGCUUGCCUCGAACAGCUGUUGUGAUUCGAACCUGGCAUGAUUAUCAAUAUACCCCCGAAGAUGUGAUGUACAUGCGGUCUCUGAUAUCAGAGCUCUCCCUGCUCUCUGGCGGAGAGUAUACCGUGCACUUUCUGAUCCAUGUCAAGGAUGAAAAUUUGCAGAUCUGGGCCGAUGAUGAGAUAUAUGAGCGCGUUCUGAAAGACGCGCUUCCGCAGGAAUUUCGGGGAUUAGCGACCCUCUGGUCGGAGCGCCAGAUGGCCCUCAUCUACCCCGGUUUGGAGGAAUCGAUGACCCGCGGGUUGCCUGUACAUGGCGUCUACCGCAGCACCUAUAUGCCCCUGCAGUACUUUGCCCACCAGCAUCCCGAGUAUGACUUCUACUGGAAUUGGGAGAUGGAUACUCGAUACACAGGCCACUGGUAUCACCUUUUCGACAAGGUCAGCAGCUGGGCGCGGGAGCAACCACGCAAAGGUCUCUGGGAGAGAAACGCCCGCUUCUAUGUUCCCUCCGUACAUGGCACCUGGGAGGACUUCCGGCAAAUGGUUCGGGUGCAGACCGAAAUUGGCACCAACAGCCCGAACAACAUGUGGAGCAUCGCCAAGCCCGGCCAGAGCCCCGGCGAUAAGAAAGCCUCUCACCAACAGGGCGAUCGACCCAUCUGGGGUCCCGAGCGACCCGACGAGCGCGAUAUUUUCGAGAUGGACGGGGACGGAAUCCCCCCCACCACCGUCGACAAGGAUCGAUAUGAGUGGGGCGUUGGGGAGGAAGCCGACUUGGUUGUGUUCAACCCGCUUUACGACCCCGAGAGUACGACCUGGCUUCUUCGGGACGAUGUGACUGGAUACAACCGCGAGAACGGGAUGCCGCCACGUCGUACGGCCAUUAUCACUGCGUCUAGGCUGUCUCGCAAGUUGCUGCAUACGAUGCACAAGGAGACGAGCAUUAAGCGUCACACCAUGUUUUCGGAGAUGUGGCCUGCCACGACGGCUCUGCAUCAUGGUUACAAGGCCGUGUUCGUCCCACACUCGGUGUAUAUCGACCGCCAGUGGCCCACUCAGUAUCUCGAAGCCGUGUUCAACGCUGGUCGGAACGGGGCGUCGGGCGGUGCUCGCACGUCGGUUUUCGGGGACCGGGAGCAUAACUUUAAAGGAACUACGUGGUUUUACUCUGCGGGGUUCUCUCCCAAUCUCUGGAGGCGUUGGUUGGGCUAUAAGGUCGAUAAUGAUGGAGGCGAGCAAGAAGAACUCGCCGGGGAGGGGAGGAUGUGUCUUCCACCGAUGCUUCUCCAUCCCGUCAAGGAUGUGGAGAUGAUUAUUGAUGAUGGUGCACAAGGAAACGAGCCAGCCGAGUAA